AUGCACGACGCAGCGCCGGCCUCAUACAAUCCACCAUCUACCCCACCUGGAGUAGAUGCAUCCGACCACCAUGACGACGACGACCCUCACGAACCGCCUUUACACCUAUUACUUGACGAAUCUCCACGUCACGAUGAGCCACCACCCUCCUACAACGAUGCCAUUGCGACGAGCGGUGCGCCGCCAGACUAUGGCACCUUUAGCCACUUCCUUGAAGAGUCGUCCAUAGCCAGCAGCGACAUGGACCCGACGGAUCGCGCAUUGCCCGAAUGGCUUGGACAGUUGCUAGUUGUCCUUGUCUUCCUAUGUCUCAUAUACGGAUUCUGGCGAUUCGUCCACAUUGACGACGUGCCUGAUGGAGGAUGGCCUCGUUUCGGACCACCGUCUGCCUGA